CUGUUGAGAUAUGUAAAUGAAGAGGUUGAUAAUAUAUAGGCAAUGACAGAUUGAUUCUUCAGUCUCUUUGAAGAAGGAAGCUGGCUACAGACUUGUUUAUACCUGAACAGAGUUGGAAUUGCUGUUUCAUAGACUAAAUCCAGUUGAAACUUGAAACGAAUGCCUCACAGUUAAAGAUAACAUCAAUUCAUAAAUUGGUAGCGUGUGGCAGUGGCACAUCCCAGAUCUUUCAGUUAAAGAUAACAUCAGUUCAUAAAUUGGUGGCCUGUGGCAGUGGCACAUGCCAGAUCUUUCAGUCCCAGUAUAAAAUCAAAAAGCUUUGGCGAACACUACUAUAGAUUGAUCAUAGGCCUCGAAACGACAGAGACUUGAGUACAUGUGAUGGCUGUGGCAUUUACUAACCUGUGGCUUACGUUAAGCCACUUACUGAACUUGAGCCAAUUCCUUCAUAAGAAAAGAAAAUAAGGACAUUGUUAAGUAUUUCGUAAGAAUUACAGAAAUUAUACUUAAGAACCUAAAACAUCAAAGUUCUACUGUAAGUGCAGUUUUAUAUAAAGCUAACAUGCCAUUACAUUUAAUAACAGAUAAAAUGGAAUUGUGUUUAAAAAGUGGUGUUAUUGACAUAGAGGACCACUUUUCAUUUUCUACUGUCCACAGAGUCAUCCUAAGAGCCCCCUAUGUGGCUAGAGAGUUCUUAAGGAGGAAUCAGUAUAAGCAGAUGAUUGGCAGGGCUGGGCGUGCUGGAAUUGACACUGUUGGAGAGAGCAUUCUUGUACUUCAAGAAAAAGACAAGCAGCAGGUUCUGGAACUGAUAAAUGGACCCCUGGAAAAUUGCUACAGCCAUCUUAUUGAGGAAUUCAGCAAGGGAAUCCAGAGUUUGUUUCUGUCUUUAAUUGGUUUGAAGGUAUUUUUAAAGAGGUCUUCUUAAAUGUGACAACUACUACCUGACAUAAUAUAAGUUUUUAAAAAUU